GUGUUGGCAAUCGUUGUUGAUGAUGAUGUGGAAUUUACAAAUUGAGUUGUUGCUUCAGUUAGUUUAAUUAUUUAAAUAAAAACGCAGUACCAUGGACAUAACGCAGCAUUUUAAGGCCAGCGUUAUGACGGUGCGACUGCAACGCAAGACUGAGCUGGCGGCCGCCAAAGCCAAAGCACAGGACAGGCAACAACGUUCGGGCGCCAUCAGCACAAAGCCCACCGCUGGCAACAAUGACUUUGCCAAACAGGCAAAGGAUGUUUGCAACAAGAUAACAACGCUUCGGAAUGUGCUUAUCGAGAAUCGCACGGCCUAUAUGCGCAUUGGCCAGCACCUAAAGAGCGCCACCCACAUGACGGACGCCGAGCGCGAUUUGAUUGAUCGCGAAUCGGAGAAGUUCGUGACAUACUACACACAGCAUCUGGCUAAGAUGCGCAGCGACUGGAAGAGCGCUAAACGAAAGCCACAGGAGCGUCAGCACAUCGAAGCAGUGCUCGAUUUGCUGGUCAGCUAUCUGCACAGCGUGGAGCAGAUAUACCUGGAUCAAAAAAAAUAUCGCGUACAGCACGAGCUAGAGACAUACAGGUUGCUAAAACUGGCGGCGGAUAAGAAGAAGAUACCAGUGCGUCCAGCCGGCGUUAACAGCGGCAAGCUGACUAAGCGUCAACUGAGCAAUGACAGCGUUGACAGCAACGAGGAGCUGUCGCCUGUGGCAGCAGCAGACGAGGAUAACGAUUGGAACAACGACAGCUGGGCUGAGUGGGAUGACGAGCAGGAAGAGUCGCAGUUGGACAGCAGCUCGACCACAGACAAUCAGCAUCAGCCGCGCACGCGCAAACGCAGCCGGCCUGCCGGGAUAAGUAGCGCUGACUCCUCGGCGAAAGUUGCGCUGGACGAGGACAUUCAGAAGACUGCGCAGCAGCAAGAGAACGACGGAGAGGAUGUGUUAAGCGCCGAGGAUAUGCAGCUGUUCGAGGCGGAAAAUGUGCAUAUAUACAAUCUGCUGCAGGGCGUCUCCGAGGAGGUCGAACAAAUUGAAAAGAACGUUGUGGACAUAGCACAGCUGCAGGACAUAUUUACAGAGAAGGUUGCUUUGCAACAACACAAUAUCGAGCGCAUUGUGAGCGCCGUGGUGGGCACCACGGAGAACGUCAAGGAUGCCAACGAGCAGAUACGUCAGGCGACGCAGCGCAACGCCGGUUUGCGUGUCUGGUCCUUAUUCUUUUUGCUGGUCAUGUCUUUCUCCUUACUUUUUCUUGACUGGUACUAUGAUUGAAAUUGAAAAAUUGUUUCGUGUAAAAAAUUAAUAAGAAAAUGUGAAAGUGAAAAACUCAUAAUUGUUUUUGUUAUCGCACUCUAAAACAUAACUUGUUUAUUACGUAAUUUAUAUUUAAAAAUAAAAAA